UCUCAGCGCAUUCUUUCGCAGGCAGGUCGAGGUCCUCUGCGCGUGGACGUUUUGAAGACACCUGCGAGGAUAAAUGCUCAUGUUCGGCCAAUGCCGAGUUCAAGGUCUAUGACGCUGGCGUGCUUUUCGUCUUCUUCAGCGAUGGUGAUGUGGAUACAAAAUAACCAGCUUCCAGGUUAUCUGACGCUCAUUUUCUAACGGGCGAAGGAUAUAACAUACAUUUCAUUUCGCCAUAACAUCACAGCGUUUUAAUGGCCGAAAACAGGACUCGUCAGACCUAAUCUUGACGUGAAUAGUGAAAUCCCAUCACUGUAUUCCAUGUUACAAUUUCAAAUUGAUAUUCAACCGGAAGACUUGCAACCGAAAAGGAGUAAAAUAGCCAUUCCAAGGCCAUUCGUCUCGAUUUCAAUGGAGGGAUCUAGACGUGCUCAUUGCUGCGGUAAUGAGAUGAGGUUUCUGUAAGACGGCUGUCCUGAUGUGAUGCACCGCACUUUAAUGCAACACUGAAUAAAUACAGGUGUGUGAGGGGGAGACUCAUGCCACGUCUGCGGAGCGUAAGGAGUUCCUUCAGCCAGUCUGCAGUGCCCGUCCCCACUAUGAGGUCAUCAUCGCUGGAGGUCAUGUGGUCCACUCGCCUGCUCUUCCUCUUCGCUUUGUUCACCCCAGUCACCCUGGUGUUGAGUCGCGCUCCCAUCCCCAUGGCGGUGGUGAGGCGAGAGCUGUCAUGUGAGGGUUAUCCCAUCGAGUUGCGCUGCCCGGGCACAGACGUCAUCAUGAUCGAGAGUGCCAACUUUGGGCGCACGGAUGACAAGAUAUGUGACUCCGAUCCUGCUCAGAUGGAAAACACCCGCUGCUACCUGCCCGAUGCCUACAAGAUCAUGUCCCUAAGAUGCAACAACCGGACGCAGUGUGUGGUGGUGGCGGGGCCAGAUGUGUUUCCUGACCCGUGUCCUGGCACCUACAAAUACCUGGAGGUCCAGUACGAGUGCGUCCCAUACAAAGUGGAACAGAGAGUGUUUCUCUGCCCGGGCAUAUUGCGGGGUGUCUACCAGAGUGAACAUCUGUUUGAAUCAGACCACCAGUCAGGAGCCUGGUGCAAAGACCCUCUCCAGUCCUCUAACAAAAUCUACUACAUGCCCUGGACUCCCUACAGGACAGACACACUGAUUGAGUACUCGUCGAAAGAGGACUUUAUCGCUGGUCGACCGACCACCACCUACAAACUUCCUCAUCGAGUUGACGGGACAGGUUUUGUGGUGUACGAUGGAGCGCUGUUCUUCAACAAAGAGCGCACCCGCAACAUUGUUAAGUUCGACUUGCGCACACGCAUCAAGAGCGGUGAGGCCAUCAUCGCCAACGCCAACUAUCACGACACCUCGCCCUACCGAUGGGGUGGCAAGUCCGACAUCGACCUGGCCGUGGACGAGAACGGGCUGUGGGUGAUCUACGCCACAGAGCAAAACAACGGGCGCAUUGUGGUGAGCCAGCUCAACCCGUAUACACUCCGAGUUGAGGGUACCUGGGACACCAGCUACGACAAGCGCUCAGCGUCCAAUGCCUUCAUGAUCUGUGGAGUGCUCUAUGUGGUCAAAUCCGUCUAUGAGGAUGACGACAACGAGGCCACGGGAAACAAGAUUGACUACAUGUACAGCACCGAGAAGAGUCGUGAGACGCACAUCGCCAUCCCCUUCCCCAAUUCCUACCAAUACAUUGCCGCAGUGGACUACAACCCCAGAGACAACCUGCUCUACGUCUGGAACAACUACCAUGUGGUCAAGUACUCCCUGGACUUUGGUAGGAAUGGUCUUGAACCUCCUUCGUCAGUGCUUCACCCGAACCAGGAGAUGCCACCCCUCCGAACAUCAACCACCGGUCGCCCUCACCCCUACACCGGCACCAUGCGCCCUUUCCUGACCUCCACCCAGAGCCCACGCAUGCGCAGCACCACUGUACAACAACCGCGCCUCGUCAUCCCUCCUGAAAGAAAAAACAACAACAACCUGCUCCCCGAGGUCAACGCCCCUCACCCGCCUUCGCCCCAGCCGCCCGUCGUCAUGGACUUCUGUUCCCCAAGGCUCAUGGACGAGAUCUCCUGGCCUAAAACGCACCAGGGGCAGAUCGCCAAGCAACCCUGCCCCACGGGCACCAUAGGCGUUGCUACAUACAUGUGCACAGCGCUGGGGUAUUGGGAACCCCAGGGGCCAGACCUCAGCAACUGCUCAUCGCCAUGGACCAAUUAUAUCACACAGAGAAUGCGUUCCGGGGAGACAGCUGCCGUGGUGGCCCAGGAGCUGGCAGAGCAGACGAAAGGGGUCCUGCGGCCGGGUGACGUCCCCUCCACGGUGAGAGCCAUGGCCCAGCUGGUGGAGCUACUGGACAUCCAGCUAAGGAACCUGACGCCCGGGGGCAAGGACACAGCCGCACGCAGCCUCACCAAGCUUCAGAAGAGAGAAAAGGCCUGCAGACAAUUCGUUCAGGCCAUGGUGACCACGGUGAACAACCUGCUGAGCCCGAGGGCAGAGCCGGCGUGGAGGGAGCUGGCCACCAGCGAGCAGCUGAGGUCGGCCACCCUGCUGCUGGACACCAUGGAGGCCGGAGCCUUCAUGCUGGCCGACAAUCUGCUCAAGACCGACACAGUGCAGGAGAGCGCAGACAACAUACAGUUGGAAGUGGCUCGGCUCAGUACAGAUGGGAACUUGGCUGAUCUGAUGUUUCCUCAGUCAGAGCUCCACGGCAACUCCAUCCAGCUCUCCGCAAAUACCCUCAAACAGCACGGCAGGAAUGGUGAGAUCCGGAUGGCCCUGGUCCUCUACAAGCACCUGGGCCAGUACCUGUCCACGGAGAAUGCCAGCGUGAGGCUGGGGAGCGAAGCAGUCUACCCCAACUACUCUCUCAUCGUCAACUCUCCUGUCAUCACCGCUGCCAUCAACAAAGACACCAACAAGAUAUACCUCUCCGAGCCUGUGGUCUUCACAGUUAAACACCUGGAGCACUCAGAGGAGAAUUUCAACCCCAACUGCUCCUUCUGGAGCUACUCCAAGCGCACCAUGACGGGCCACUGGUCCACCCAGGACUGCCGGCUGCUGGGCACCAACCGCACCCACACCACCUGCUCCUGCACCCACCUCACCAACUUCGCCGUCCUCAUGGCCCAUGUCGAGGUCAAGCAGAAGGCGGACCCCAUGCACGUGCUGCUGCUGGACGUGAUCACGUGGGUGGGCAUCCUGCUGUCUCUGGUCUGCCUCCUCAUCUGCAUCUUCACCUUCUGCUUCUUCCGGGGCCUGCAGAGCGACCGCAACACCAUCCACAAGAACCUGUGCAUCAGCCUCUUUAUGGCCGAGACGCUCUUCCUCGUUGGCAUCAACCGUGCCGACCAGCCGAUUGCCUGUGCAGUGUUUGCUGCUCUGCUGCACUUCUUCUUCCUGGCAGCGUUCACAUGGAUGUUUCUGGAGGGCGUGCAGCUCUACAUCAUGCUGGUGGAAGUGUUUGAGAGUGAACAUUCCCGCACCAAGUACUUCUACCUAGCAGGCUACGGUGUGCCGGCGAUUAUAGUGGGAGUCUCAGCCGCAGUGGACUUCAGGAGUUACGGCACCGACAGAGUAUGCUGGCUGCGCCUCGACACAUACUUCAUCUGGAGUUUCAUAGGGCCGGCCACCUUGAUCAUUAUGCUGAACGUGAUCUUCUUGGGGAUCGCUCUCUACAAAAUGUUCCAUCACACUGCCAUCUUGAAGCCUGACUCAGGCUGCCUGGAUAAUAUCAAGUCCUGGGUGAUCGGAGCCAUUGCGCUGCUCUGCCUCCUGGGCUUGACCUGGGCCUUUGGCUUGAUGUACAUCAACGAGAGCACCGUCAUCAUGGCCUAUCUCUUCACCAUCUUCAACUCGCUGCAAGGAAUGUUCAUCUUCAUAUUCCACUGCAUCCUGCAAAAGAAGGUGCGUAAGGAGUAUGGGAGAUGCCUACGCACACAUUGCUGCAGUGGGAAGAGCGUGGAGUCGACUAUCUCCACCUCAAGCAAGAACAACACCUCCCGCACACCACGCUACUCUACUGCUUCACAGAGCCGAAUCCGCCGGAUGUGGAACGACACAGUGAGGAAGCAGACAGAGUCCUCAUUCAUCUCGGGUGAAAUUAACAGCUCAGCAACUCUCAACAGAGAAGGAAUCCUCAACAAUGCACGUGACUCCAGCGUGAUGGACACCCUGCCCCUCAAUGGCAACCACGUGAACAGCUACACCAUGCCAGGUGGCGAGUACCUCAGCGACUGUGUGCAGAUCAUUGACCGCGGCUACAGCACCAUGCAUAAGGAGACCACUCUGGAGAAGAAGAUUCUGAAGGAGCUCACGUCCAACUACAUCCCCUCCUACCUGAACAACCAUGAACAGCGGCCCAACGAGCACAGCCGCAACCUGACCAACAAAACCCUCAACGGUAUGGGCAACGGCAGCGGCAUGGGCAGCAGCAUGGGCACCAGUGCUGGACUGGGCGUGAGCGGAGGAGGAGGUGGUGGUGGAGGUAGCAGCGGAGGGGUCGGCCAAGAGGAUGCCAUGGUGCUGGAUAAUCCUGCUGCUUUCCCCCACGACGAGGCCGGAGGGCUGAGCUUGGAGAUCAUCCGCGAGGAGUCCCAGGCCCCCCUGCUGCCCCCGCGACCCCCUCCGCCAGAGAACCACCAGCCCAUGCAGACCUUCUCCACCCGCCGCCGCCACCCUGCCCAAGAGACCAACGAGAGCUUUUUCCCUCUGUUGCCCGGCGAUCGGGUGCCAGCCGGUGAGCCCGGAUCGUCGCAGACGCACGGGCACCAGCACGGACGACCCUCACACACGCGCUCGCCGUCGCCGCACAGGGACUCGCUGUACACCAGCAUGCCCACACUCGCUGACCUGCCACACGGGGAGAUGAUCAACGGCAUCCACGACGACCGUGACGAGGAUGAGGACGAGGACGAGGAAGACGAGGACGGCAGCGAUCUGCAGCUGCCCAAUGGGAAGAGUGGCAGCGGCAGCAUGGACGCCGACGACGUCUACUACAAGAGCAUGCCCAACCUGGGCAACUCCAGGAACCACAUCCACGAGCUGCAGAGCUACUACCAGAUGGGCCGCGGAGGCAGCGACGGCUACAUCGUAUCCCCUGACAAGGAGGAAGACUCGUCUCCAGAGGAGCCACCUGUGGACCCCUCGCACCUGGUUACCAGCCUAUAGACAGGAAGCCACAGUCCUGGGUGGCUCAGGACAUGAGCUGGAGUGUGUGUGUGUGUGUGUGUGUGUGUGUGUGUGUGUGUGUGUGGG